AUGCUUGGCAGCAUAGAUUGUAUGCACUGGGAAUGGAAGAACCGUCCAUUUGGUUGGCAGGGCCAGUACAAGGGGCAUGUCAAGGCGUGCACUGUCAUAUUAGAAGCGGUGGCUUUGCAGGAUCUUUGGAUAUGGCAUUCUUUCUUCGGCAUGGCAGGUUCUCACAAUGAUAUCAACGUGCUGCAGCGUUCUCCAGUCUUCGCAAGGCUUGCAGAAGGCCACUCCCCACCUGUCAACUUUGAGAUCAACGGCCACCAGUACAAUAAGGGAUGCUAUCUAGCUGAUGGUAUAUAUCCUCAGUGGUCAACUUUUGUGAAGACAAUCUCGAAACCCCAAGGUGAGAAGAGAAAGAGAUUUGCCCAAAUGCAAGAAAGUGCUAGAAAGGAUGUGGAACGUGCUUUUGGUGUGCUUCAAUCCCGGUGGAGUAUCGUUCGAAACCCUGCACUGUCAUGGGAUGAAACGAAGCUUUGGGAGGUGAUGACUGCUUGUGUGAUCAUGCACAACAUGAUCGUCGAGGACGAGCGUGAUGAGAGUAUCUUCGACCAAGGAUUUGAUUAUCAAGGUGAAAAUAUUGAGCCCCUGCACCAAGACCCGACCACAUUUGAACAGUUUGUCCAAUUCCACCGUGAGCUGCGUGAUUGGCACACUCAUUUGAAUCUUCAAAAUGACUUGGUUGAGCAUGUGUGGGAUCACAUUGGCAACCAAUAG